AUGUGUAACGUAUGGAAUUUAAAACUCUUCGCACUUGUACUGUGCAUUGCCCUGGCCCAACCAGCGGGCUCUACCGAUACCGAAGAAGGCCGUUUUCUCCUGUGGGGUAGACCGAUACUGAUUGUUCCGGAAACUUCGCCGACCCGUCAUCAGAUGAUUUACGGUAUUGGUGUGCCACUUGCGGCACAUGAAUCGCUCACUUUCGGGUGGGUUCUUAAGGCCCAGUAUUUCCUACCGUAUGAGGUCGGGCAACUUAGGCCCAAUCUAAUGGAAGGUUGGAACGAUACUCGACGAUCGCUGGAAAAACGAGACGUGGCUUCCACGGUGUCUGGUCAACAUUUUGAGAAUUAUACCGCUACGGAUGUCAAAAUUGAGACAGAACAAUUGCCGGAGCCGAAAUUGCCAAACGAUGAAUAUGAUGCUGCGUACGACGCGGAGGACGAUGAUUUUGAUGAUGGAGAUGAUAACUACUGGCGGGAUGAGGAAGAAGAAAAACGGAUACAGGAGGCCAAUCAAUGGCUCUUACCGUCAGCAACAACUCCUUCCGAAUCGGAUGGUUACGAACUCGAAAAUUCCCGAUGGACGACUUACAAGCUAUUGGAAAAAAUGGGUGAAAAUUAUGGCGUUGGAGGACGCGCUUGUAUGUUACGAAGCAUUUGCGAAGCUGCCGCAACAGAGUUUACACAUACUGCUGGUGUCUUUUCCGAGCUGUUCCACAUAGUGUUUUCGCCAUCAACUACCUCGGAACAAAUCUCGGAACAUAGUGACAAUGAGUACUACCGGGCUGAACAGUUGGGACGAGAAGGAGCCCCUUGUCAUCAGGUGUUCAGUGAAUGUAAAAAUACGAUCUUGGAUGUAUUUACCGGCAUACAUGAUCCGGUUAGCAAUGAACUGACUGUUGCUCACGAUCAGUUGAAACAUGCGAUCAUGAAGAAGUAUGAUAAUUAG